AAAAUUGUAGUUCCUAUCAGUCUGUAAUACUCGUUCUAAAGCAACAUGUUUUGGAAGACCAAAAUUGGUUUUUGCUUUCUGUUGCUAACUCCUAUACUUUGUGAUAGUAACUUUACCAACAUUUACGAUGAAUUUUUUGAAGUGGUGGUGAAUAGAAAAGAGUUAAGUGCCCGAAUCAAAACUGAAUUGGGUGACUCAAAUGAAGCCAUUGCUGCAUAUAUUAAAAUGUUGGAUGCUUGGUCUAAAUUUCCAAGUGGUAUAAUGGAGGGCAAUUUAAUGGAUUUGGGAAGUUUUGACGAAUGUUACGCCAUCGAAUAUAACAACAUUUAUGGAAAGUAUUGCUUGGGAAAUUUACAUUUCAGUUUCCAAAUGGAAAAUUUUUUCAAAACUUUUGGAAUUAGCGAUGCAAAACCUCGUCCGAGAAUUUUGCUGCACCCACAACCCAGAUUAAUGGGUUUAGGUGACGAGUAUACAGGAAUUCAUUUUGCUGCAUGUGUACCAAGUACCUUGCCAGCAUCGGAAAUUCCUGGACUUUUCAACUAUACGGAAGAAUUUUGUUAUUCUAAAGCAACAGAACCGGAACUAUCAGCGGGGGCGAUUGUGACCAUAACAAUUUUAGCCAUUUUUCUGUGUAUAGUGCUAGUUUCAACAAGCUAUGAUGUUGCCCUAAACUACUUCAAAAAAGAACCCUAUCACGAAUUGUUGAUUGCAUUUUCGUUUCUUCAUAACGGACGAAAACUCUUCCGUUCGAGCAAAAAUUCAGAGCAGUUGCUCUGUCUGAACGGAAUUAGAGCAUUGAGCAUGAUGUGGGUUAUCCUGGGACACGAAUACUCAAAUUCUUUUAAUGCUCCCAUCUCCAAUUUCUUUGAUUUAAAAACCUGGCAAGACGAUCCCGCUAAUAUGUUUAUAAUGGGAGCCACAGUCUCCGUUGAUACAUUUUUCACAGCUGGAGGUCUUGUAACAGUUUACACAUUUCUGAAAUCAAUGGACAAGGGAGCAAAUUUCAAUGUGUUACUUUUCUACGUCCAUAGAUAUCUUCGUCUAACCCCUGCCUAUUUUAUAAUGGGUUUAAUCCAUCUCUUCCUCUUAAACCACUUCGGAACUGGACCUUUGUGGAAAGUUGUAGAUAUUUCGUUAGUUGAUACGUGCGAGACAGGCUGGUGGAGUAGUCUGUUGUACAUUACAAAUUAUGUACAAAAAGGGACCUGUUUGCCUCAAGCUUGGUACCUCCAAGUGGAUAUGCAAUUAUUUGUCUUGUCACCACUUGUUCUCAUACCGUUGUUCAGGUGGCCCAAAAUUGGUUUAGGUGCUUUAGGUUUCUUAACAAUCAUGGGAUGUGUAUCGCCGUUUGUGAUUGGUUACGUCAAGCACUUAGGGGGCGGAAUGAUAAAUAAUGAUGACACUAACGAAUUUAUGAAUUAUUAUUACGCUGCAACGUAUGCCAGAUUCGGACCAUAUGUAAUUGGAAUGCUUGCUGGUUACUUAUUGUACAAAAUUAAAACCAACAAGAUCAAAGUUAAUUUGAAAAUGUGGCAAGUUAUCACGCUUUGGUUGGUGCUUCUGACCGGUUUAGUGGCCUGUGUGUGGGCCGGUUUUCCACUAAAUGCCUCCAAAGAUGAUCGAUGGGGAAAUUCCCUGUUUUUAGCUUUUAAUCGACCAGCUUGGGCUGUGGCAGUUGUAGGAGUAGUUUUCUUGUGUGUGGCUGGUUAUGGGGGACCUAUUGAUAAGUUCCUUUCUUGGUCAGUGUUCCAAUUUUUGACGAAAGUUUCGUAUUCUAUGUACUUGGUACAUUUUGCUGUUAUCACAGUCAGAUAUGCACUCUUGAGGAAUAAUAUAAAAUUCUCCAAUCUUGCUAUGAUGCAUGCCUUCUGGGGAGAUUUUAUGUUUACCUUGGGCUUGUCUAUGAUCUUGUGCUCAACUUUCGAAUCUCCAAUUAUUAUUUUGGAAAAAUAUCUUUUCCAUAGAGGCCCCAAAACAAAAAGUGUAAAGCAAUAACUAAUUAUGUAUAAAAAUAUAAGUAAUAUACUCGUAUUUCUGCUGUACAUACAUAAAUUAUUAGAAUAAAUUUGUUAUAAAAA